UUCGAAUCGCUUUUUCUUAGAGUUUCCGAAUAACAUUAUAUUAUUGACAUAAAAAUAACCUAACUGUAAUUUUUAGUGGUCCUGUCCAAAGAAUAUAUAAUUAUAAAUCAUUGCUGGUCACUAGAGCAGUUUCUAAGUCAAACAAAGUAGAAUUUAGAAGUUUUAAAUAUAACAUAAUCAUUUAUCAAACUUCCCAUUUAUAUCAUUCAUAACAGCUAAAGUACAAGAUAAAAGUAUACUGCCUGUUUUCUAACUUAGCACACCGACUUUAUUGUUUGAAUUGUACCUGGUAUACCUAUAUAAAGAUGUCAUUUCCUGAUAAGCAACAGAGAAAAUUAUGUUGGGAUUCGCGAGACAAAUAUUGGGAAUGCUUAGAUGAACACAAUGUUAUUGAUAGUUCUGAAAAACCCAAAGCAUGUAUAGAAUUUAGGAAAAUGUUUGAAAAUUCAUGUCCAUCCAAAUGGGUAACCCAUUUUGAUCGAAAGAGGGACUAUAACAUAUUUAAAGAAAAAAUGCAAAAUGAGGGAUUUGAACCUAUUAAGGAAACAUAAUAUUAUUUUGUUGUUUUUGACAAAAUCUUUGUAAAUAUAGCUUAGUAAAUUGUUUAUUUAAAUUA